AUGCGUCCAGGUGGGACAACGACGGAUUGGGUCUGCUGGCGGUCGCAUGAGAAGCCUGCAGGACACUCCGUGUUGCGACGGGGGGCGAAGAGAAAUCUGGCUUCGAAGCGGAAUAGAAUACAGGCCAAUGCCGGACACGGCCCAAUUUGGGGCAUUUUCCAACCUCGACGUCUGCAGCUCAUGCUGGCAAGGUUUUGGCACGGUCUUGGAAUUUGUUGUAGACUCCAGAGCUCCGGCCAGUUCAUACUCUCGUUGGCUGUUGAGCAAUUCUCCUCUUCUUCGACGUCAUUCUCCCGAUCAUGGGGUUUUGUCAGCCCUUUCCAGCACCAAUUAUCCAACGCUGCAGGUAUCGCUGAGGGCCAGGCGGUGCUCUGUCUUUUGAAGCUACAUCCUUAG